ACACCCGGAAGUGGUUCUCCUCAUCCGCUUCCUCUGCAGUUGAGAGGGGAGGAGGCGGACGGUUAGACCGACCCGGCAUGCCCCGGGCUUCCGGUGACCUCUGGCCUCUCUGUCGUCCGCUCCGGCUGAUCGGCGUGCUCGCUCUUGCCCGCUCUUCCUCCCUCCCUGCGGUGCUCCUUCGCACGCUGACGGCCGGCCGGGGCGCCCAGGCCCGGCGGAGAGGCGGUGGCGGAGGACACGCGUCAUGGCCGCCUCUAAACCUGUGGAGGCGGCGGUGGCCGCAGCGGCGGCUGCCCCGGGCUCCGGCAGCGGGGUGGGCGGCGGCGGGACGGCGGGCCCGGGCGCCGGGGGCCUGCCGCGAUGGCAGCUGGCGCUGGCGGUCGGGGCGCCGCUGCUGCUGGGGGCCGGGGCCAUGUACCUGUGGAGCCGGCAGAGGCGGCGCCGGGAGGCCGGGGGCCGGGGCGACGCCGGCAGCCUGAAGGGACGCAGCGAACGGAAGACCCCGGAGGGCAGAGCCAGCCCGGGGCUGGGCAGCGGGCACGCGGAGGGCCCCGGUGCCCACCUGGAGAUGAAUUCUCUUGAUAGAGCCCAAGCAGCAAAGAACAAAGGCAAUAAAUAUUUUAAAGCAGGAAAAUAUGAACAUGCUAUUCAGUGCUACACAGAGGCUAUUAGCUUGUGUCCUACAGAGAAGAAUGUCGACCUUUCCACAUUUUAUCAGAACAGAGCUGCUGCCUUUGAGCAGUUGCAAAAAUGGAAAGAGGUGGCACAAGAUUGUACAAAAGCUGUUGAACUUAAUCCCAAAUAUGUGAAAGCUCUCUUUAGACGUGCAAAAGCCCACGAGAAGCUAGACAAUAAGAAGGAAUGUUUAGAAGAUGUCACUGCUGUGUGUAUAUUAGAAGGCUUCCAAAACCAACAAAGCAUGCUGUUAGCAGAUAAAGUUCUUAAACUUCUUGGAAAAGAGAAAGCCAAAGAAAAAUACAAGAACCGUGAACCUCUGAUGCCAUCUCCACAGUUUAUCAAAUCCUAUUUCAGUUCUUUCACGGAUGAUAUUAUUUCUCAGCCCAUGCUUAAAGGAGAGAAGUCUGAUGAAGAUAAAGACAAGGAAGGGGAGGCUCUAGAAGUGAAAGAAAAUUCUGGAUAUUUAAAGGCCAAACAGUAUAUGGAAGAAGAAAAUUAUGAUAAAAUCAUAAGUGAAUGCUCAAAAGAAAUAGAUGCUGAAGGCAGAUACAUGGCAGAAGCAUUAUUACUGCGAGCUACCUUCUACCUACUUAUUGGCAAUGCCAAUGCGGCCAAACCAGAUUUAGAUAAGGUUAUCAGUUUGAAAGAAGCUAACGUAAAGCUUCGAGCAAAUGCCCUGAUCAAGAGAGGCAGCAUGUACAUGCAGCAGCAGCAGCCCCUGCUGUCCACUCAGGACUUCAACAUGGCCGCCGACAUGGAUCCUCAGAACGCAGACGUCUAUCACCACCGGGGACAGCUGAAAAUACUGCUUGAUCAAGUUGAAGAAGCAGUGGCGGAUUUUGAUGAAUGUAUUAGAUUAAGACCUGAGUCUGCUCUAGCACAAGCUCAGAAGUGUUUUGCACUGUAUCGCCAGGCAUAUACAGGAAAUAAUUCUUCGCAAAUUCAAGCAGCUAUGAAAGGCUUUGAAGAAGUCAUAAAGAAAUUUCCAAAGUGUGCUGAAGGCUAUGCGCUAUAUGCCCAGGCAUUAACAGAUCAGCAGCAGUUCGGUAAAGCUGAUGAAAUGUAUGAUAAAUGCAUUGAGUUGGAACCAGAUAAUGCCACAACAUACGUCCAUAAAGGUUUACUUCAGCUUCAGUGGAAACAAGAUCUGGAUAAAGGAUUGGAACUUAUCAGCAAGGCCAUUGAAAUUGACAAUAAAUGUGAUUUUGCAUAUGAAACCAUGGGAACUAUUGAAGUGCAAAGAGGAAACAUGGAGAAAGCCAUUGACAUGUUCAACAAAGCUAUUAACUUGGCCAAGUCCGAGAUGGAGAUGGCUCACCUAUAUUCCCUUUGUGAUGCUGCCCAUGCCCAGACAGAAGUUGCAAAGAAAUACGGUUUGAAACCACCAACAUUAUAAGACAAGGGGAAAGAAGACUUGACCCUCUUUUUAAGUUUACCCUGUCUUCAACUGAACCCUAAAGACACUUGUGAACCUCGUGAACUUUGUUGAAUGGUGGAACUUAACAUUUCCGUUUGUGGUGUUGUCACUCCUUACAUCUGUUUCAUGUCUAGAUGUUGUGGGCGUGGCUGUUGAAGGAAGGUUGCAGUGUUGCAGCGUUUAUUUCCUGUGCAACAGAAGCUUAGAUCUCUUAAAAGGGAUAUGCAAAUAAAGUUGCAAAGAGUACAAGUGAUAAGUGGCCAUGCAAAUAAAAACUUUGAUUUGUUGAUUUGUUUUUAUUUUUAAUGUGGGCUGGAGGGUUGAUUGUUUUUUAUGUAUAUGUGAGUAUUUUAUAGGAUGUUCUUAAUGUAAGUGCUGUAAAAUAAUUUUUUAUAUUGUUACUCCUUUUCAGUUUAUAUUCUGAAGGAAAAAGUUUAAAUGGGGAUUCCAGUAAAACUGAGAGAGCCUUUAAGCAAUUGUCAGAUAGUACCAUACCUCUGAUUCACAACAGUUGGUUUUCAUGUGGUAAAUUCUGCAGAAGCAAAACAUUCUGAUAUGUGAGUCAUUAACAGAGAAGUGGACCAGGCAAGCAGAUAAGAUGAAAUGCAAGUGUGUUUAUAAUUGCCUGUGGCUAUUUUUGUAAAAUACACUAUUUAAUAGUGCACUUUUGAAAGUGCAUGUUGCCAGUGUGUGUAACUCAAGUAAAGAUGGACUCAGUGUGAUAUGUAGGGGUAUCAGUUAGCUUAAAUGUCUCCCGAAGAAACAGUAGCUAACGGUUUCAAAAGCAGCUGAGUCCUGAAGCCAGAGCACAGUGUUUGCUCUGGUGACAACACUGAGAGCUGCGCCCAGCUGCCUGUGCUGGAGGACCGCGGAAGCUGAGGACACCUACGAGCUUUCUCCACGAGCGGCCCUGAUUCUCUGAAGAAUAACUGCUUGGAUGUAGGUCUUCACCACGGGUACUGAUGGCUGAUUUUUGUUUAUCCUUACUCUUCCCUUACUUAGAAAUCACUUUAAGGUUUAUUUCCAGUCAUUACUGUCUUGUCCUUCUGUCUAUACAAAUAUGCUGGGCUUUACCGGGUGGGGAGGAGUUAUGUUCUAAAGGGGUCUGUGAAGUUUGAGUCUGAAUAUUUUAAAAGAGCAAGCCUUCAGUUGUACUUUUCUGAAACUGAAAAUCCACUUAUAGUUUACAUUAAUGGGAUUAAAGGAGCAUUUUUACCCUCUUUACAAGGGUGCUUUAUCCUGUUAAAACCAAAACAAUUUUGUGUACAAAUAGUAUCUUUUUAAAAACUGUUAGAAACAAAUGUCUUCCAGAGCCAGUCUGGAAAAUAUCGAGGAAGCCCCUAACUCAUUAGUUGGGACAGUUUAACAUGAUUAUUGCUAAUGGAAAAUUCGAGAUCUCUGCAUUUUGUUCUUAAAUUAUGCACCAAUUAUGAAAACUCUUGAAUACAGAAAUGUUCUACAUCUCUGAAUGACCUCUGGCUUUAAAAAAAAGUUUUUAUUUGCAUGGCUGUAUUUACAUCAACACUGACAUUCUCUUCUACUCUUCUCCCUUCUUUCUCCUUGGAGUUGGGUAGGAAAACAAAACUGAAGCAUGUGCCAUUCAAUACUAGCAUUCCAGAUUCUCACAGACCAUUGCCUGUUGUGAAAAUAUUUGAAACUGCACUGAGAGCUGCAUCUGUCUGUAUCUUCUCUUUUGUAAAUGAUCUCACCUGUAAAUUCACCAAAUAAAUAUUACAUUCAAA